GGACGAGCCACGAAAAAAACUACUAAGAGUUCCUGGACUUCAGAUCUAGCUGGCAAGCUCCUUAAAACAUGCACUCAUAUAAGACGACCGAAAAGGUGUCACGGGAGCGGCAGGACCUGCUAAGAGGCGGGAGAGUGUGGCACAGACGCGGAGCGCCCCAGGCCGGGGAUGAGAAGGACUUCGGCCAGGAUUUCGGUGCAGCCAGAGAGCUCCGGUGACGUCUCCAUACCCCGGGCAAGAGUUUUCCUGGCCGGGCGCUCCCGGAAUUUCGGAUCUUAAUCUGGACUUGCCUCAUCGGGGCUGGUCGCAUUUCGGGCGCCAGCAGCCCGGGUUCGCUCGCCGGCUCAGCGCGCCGGGGUCCCACGUGCGGGUGAGCCUCCGCGGGGCCGUCGGGCCCCGGGUCUCCGCCAUGGACGCGGCGGCCGAGCUGCUCUUCUACGUGAACGGCCGCCAGAGGAGCCCCUCAAAACUGUACAAGUUCUAGGCCAGGUAAACCUUUCUUUGCCCCUGUUGCCUGGGUUCCACACCGAGUAAGAUUCACUUGUUUCCCCAUCUGCAAUGGAGGCUGUGAGGAUUCCCGCACAGGACUGCUUGCUAUGAAAGUGAGGUAAUAGAAAAAAAUGUUGAUCCUGAAACAAUGCUGUUACCAUACCUGAGGAAGAAACUCCGGCUCACAGGAACUAAGUAUGGCUGUGGAAGUGGAGGCUGUGGUGCCUGCACGGUGAUGGUAUCACGAUAUAACCCCAUUACCAAGAAGAUAAGACAUUACCCAGCCAAUGCCUGUCUGACUCCCAUCUGUUCCCUGUAUGGCGCUGCAGUCACCACAGUAGAAGGUAUAGGAAGCACCAAGGCCAGGAUUCAUCCUGUUCAGGAGAGGAUUGCCAAGUGUCAUGGCACACAGUGUGGGUUCUGCACCCCUGGGAUGGUGAUGUCCAUCUACACGCUGCUGAGGAACCAUCUGGAGCCCUCUCUGGAUCAGUUAACCGAUGCCCUUGGUGGUAACCUGUGCCGUUGCACUGGAUACAGGCCCAUCAUAGAUACCUGCAAGACUUUCUGCACAACUUCUGGCUGCUGUCAAAGUAAAGAAAAUGGGAUUUGUUGUUUGGAUCAAGGAAUAAAUGAAUUACCAGAAUUUGAGGAAGGAAAUAAGACAAGCACAAAACUCUUCUCAGAAGAGGAGUUUCUGCCACUGGAUCCAACUCAGGAAUUGAUCUUUCCUCCAGAGCUCAUGAUAAUGGCUGAGAAACAACCACAAAGGACCAGGAUUUUUGGUGGUGAGAGAAUGACAUGGAUUUCUCCAGUGACACUGAAGGAACUGAUAGAAGCUAAAGCCAAGUAUCCUCAGGCCCCUGUUGUCAUGGGGAACACUUCUGUGGGGCCUGAAAUGAAAUUUAAAGGCAUCUUUUACCCAGUCAUAAUUUCUCCUGAUGGAAUUGUAGAUCUAACUGUUAUGAACUAUGCCUCUAAUGAGCUGACCUUAGGUGCUGGUCUCAGCCUGGCUCAAGUGAAGGACAUCCUGGCUGACCUGAUCCUGAAGCUCCCAGAGGAGAAGACACAGAUGUACCAGGCUCUCUUGAAGCAUCUGAGAACUCUAGCUGGAUCCCAGAUCAGGAACAUGGCUUCUUUAGGAGGCCACAUUGUGAGCAGGCAUCUGGAUUCAGAUCUAAAUCCCCUCCUGGUUGUGGGCAACUGUACCCUCAACUUGCUCUCAAAAGAAGGCAAACGACAGAUUCCUUUAAAUGAGCAGUUUCUCAGAAAGUGCCCCACUGCAGAUCUAAAACCUGAAGAAAUCUUGGUCUCAGUGAACAUCCCCUGCUCAAAGAAGUGGGAAUUUGUGUCAGCCUUCCGACAAGCCCAGCGGCCACAGAAUGCACUUGCAAUAGUCAAUUCCGGAAUGAGAGUCUUGUUUGGAGAAGGGGAUGGCAUCAUUAGAGAGUUAUCCAUCUCGUAUGGAGGUGUUGGUCCAACCACCAUCUGUGCAAAGAAUUCCUGCCAGAAACUCACUGGAAGGCCCUGGAAUGAAGAGAUGCUGGAUGCGGCUUGCCGGUUGGUUUUGGAUGAAGUCUCUCUCCCAGGCUCGGCUACUGGAGGGAAGGUGGAGUUCAAGAGGACUCUCAUCAUCAGCUUCCUCUUCAAGUUCUACCUGGAAGUGUCACAGAUUUUGAAGAAGAUGGACCCUGUGCAUUAUCCUGGCCCUGCAGACAAGUAUGAGAGUGCUUUAGAAGAUCUUCAUUCCAGACAUCACUGGAGUACAUUAAAGUACCAGAAUGUAGAUGCAAAGCAGCCUCCUCAAGACCCAAUUGGCCAUCCCAUCAUGCAUCUGUCUGGUAUUAAGCAUGCCACGGGUGAAGCCAUCUACUGUGAUGACAUUCCUGCUGUGGACCCAGAACUUUUCUUGACUUUUGUAACAAGUUCAAGAGCUCAUGCUAAGAUUGUGUCUAUUGAUCUAUCUGAAGCUCUCAGCCUGCCAGGUGUGGUAGACAUUGUAACUGAGGAACAUCUUCAGGGUGUAAACUCCUUCUGCCUUCUAACCAAACCUGAGAAACUUCUGGGGACAGAAGAGGUAUUUUGUGUGGGUCAGCUUGUCUGUGCCGUGAUUGCAGAUUCCGAGGUCCAGGCAAAGCAAGCUGCCAAGAGAGUGAAGAUCGUCUAUCAAGAUUUGGAGCCGCUAAUCCUAACAAUUGAGGAAGCAAUACAACACAACUCCUUCUUCGAUCAAGAAAAGAAACUGGAAUAUGGAAAUGUUGAUGAAGCAUUUAAAGUGGUUGACCAAAUUCUUGAAGGUGAGAUACAUAUUGGCGGUCAAGAACAUUUUUAUAUGGAAACCCAAAGCAUCCUUGCUGUUCCCAAAGGAGAGGAUCAAGAGAUGGAUAUCUAUGUUUCCACACAGUUUCCCAAAUAUACACAGGACAUAGUUGCUUCAACCUUGAAGCUCCCAGCUAACAAGGUCAUGUGUCAUGUCAAGCGUGUUGGUGGGGCAUUCGGGGGGAAGUCAAUCAAAACCGGGAUCCUGGCAGCCAUCACGGCAUUUGCCGCAAACAAACACAGUCGAGCAGUCCGCUGCAUUCUGGAACGAGGAGAAGACAUGUUAAUAACUGGAGGCCGCCACCCUUACCUAGGAAAGUACAGAGCUGGAUUCAUGAAUGAUGGCAGAAUCCUGGCCCUGGAUGUGGAGCAUUAUAGCAAUGGAGGGGCCUCCCUGGAUGAGUCAUUACUUGUGAUAGAAAUGGGACUUCUGAAAAUGGAAAAUGCUUACAAGUUUCCCAACCUGCGUUGCCGGGGCUUGGUGUGCAGAACCAACCUUCCACCCAACACGGCUUUGCGCGGGUUCGGCUUCCCUCAAGCAGGGUUCAUCACUGAAUUCUGUAUCACAGAAGUUGCAGCCAAAUGUGGUUUGUCCCCUGAGAAGGUCCGAAGCAUAAACAUGUACAAGGAAAUCGAUCAAACACCCUACAAACAAGAGAUUAAUGCCAAGAAUCUGAUUCUGUGCUGGAAAGAAUGUAUGGCUACGUCUUCCUAUUCCCUGCGGGAAGUGGCCGUGGAAAAAUUCAACUCGGAGAAUUACUGGAAGAAGAAAGGGCUGGCCAUGGUCCCCCUGAAGUUCCCUGUCGGCCUUGGCUCCGUCCCUAUGGGUCAGGCUGCUGCCCUGGUUCACAUUUAUUUAGAUGGGUCUGUGCUGGUGACUCAUGGUGGAAUUGAAAUGGGGCAAGGGGUCCACACUAAAAUGCUUCAGGUGGCCAGUCGUGAAUUAAGGAUGCCAAUAUCUAAAGUUCACCUGCGUGGAACAAGCACGGAGACUGUCCCCAAUACGAGUAUCUCUGGAGCUUCCUUGGUGGCAGAUCUCAAUGGCUUGGCAAUAAAGGAUGCUUGUCAAACUCUUCUAAAACGCCUUGAACCCAUCAUCAGCAAGAAUCCUGGAGGCACUUGGAAGGAAUGGGCGCAGGCUGCUUACGAUGAAAGCAUCAGUCUUUCAGCUACUGGCUACUUCAGAGGUUACGAGUCGAAUAUGAACUGGGAGACAGGGGAAGGCUGUCCUUUCAAAUACUUUGUUUAUGGAGCUGCCUGUACCGAGGUUGAAAUAGACUGCCUGACAGGUGCUCAUAAGACUAUCAGAACAGACAUUAUCAUGGAUGCUGGCUGCAGUAUAAAUCCAGCCCUUGACAUCGGCCAGAUUGAAGGAGCAUUUGUUCAAGGCAUGGGACUUUAUACAAUAGAGGAGCUGAAUUAUUCUCCUCAGGGUGUCCUAUACACUCGUGGUCCAAAUCAAUAUAAAAUCCCUACCAUCUGUGACAUCCCCACAGAGCUGCACAUUUCUUUGUUGCCUCCAUCUCAAAACUCAAAUACCCUGUAUUCAUCCAAGGGUCUAGGAGAGUCUGCAUUAUUCCUGGGGUGUUCAGUGCUUUUUGCCAUCCGUGACGCUGUGAAUGCAGCUCGACGGGAGAGAGGCCUGGUGGGACAGUGGAAGCUCAGUAGUCCCCUCACCCCAGAGAAGAUUAGAAUGGCGUGUGAAGAUAAGUUCACAAAAAUGGACAGACUGGUCAGGAAUAAGAAGUUCAGGAACUGUGCCCUGAAGCUAAGACAUGAGGCCAAGGACAUGGGCCACUCCAACAGUCUAUCUCACUCUACGCCAACCAGGCCCUGGGAAAGUGUGUGCAAUUCCUGAUUUGAACCACAGAGUGGGAAGGCCGUUUCUUGCCCAGCCCACAAUCUCCACUGCAUCAACACCCAUGCUGAGCAAACACCUCAGCCUUCCUUGGCCAUUUCCAGUGAUGGGAUUUUUUCACUGAGAGAGGAAGUCAUGCUGUUCACAGCGACCUCUCUAACUAUAAACAAGUUAUUCCUUAUAUUGAGGGGAGAGCCCCCUCCUAGGCCUCCUCUCAGGCUGGCUCUUUGUGGCACCCAUUCUAGCUUUUCCUAAGCCCCAUGUACCACCCCCUCACUCUGGAGAAACACAGAGACUGACUCCACUUUCUCUCUGUCCCUCUUCAAGUGUGAAGUGAUGGCUCUCCUAGUGGCGCUUCCCCAGCCGUUAGUACCCUCCUGGAUUCCUCCACAUUUCUCAUGCUAUCCUUCCAAGACCUCUCAGUAUCCUGGUUUCCCUCUGGGUAGUUUUAACCCUAUUUUAUAUUUUGCUAUUUUCACCUAUCUUGAACAUUUUCCAAGUUGC